UCGUCGUAUACGAUUGGUUAUUUUCAAAGCGCAGUUUCACGAUGCAUCGACCUAAUAGCGCUCGAGACGUAUCGAUUUGCCGCUUGAACUUCGAACGAAACGAUAUACUCGACAGAAAACGUAUUUUUCGAAUUUUAACGCGUACGAAUUGAUAUAACGUUAUCGAACCCUAUUGGAAUUUUCAGCCUAGAAAGUAGUUGUUUAUUAUUAACCACUCUAAGUGGUAAGUUGUACUUGUAUCGAUUUGUAUUUCUUUGGAAUUUCAAAUUUUUCAGUUGCUUCCAUUUAGAGAGGCGAUUUUAUUUACUUCGUAAUCGCGUCGAAUAACGAGCUCGCAACAGCGCUCCUUCUGUACUGCUUCUCUCGCGAAAAAAUUCGACUGAUCCAUGUUCCGCGAUCUAUGUUCAGGCACACUGGGCGUAUUCUUUCAAUUAUUGAUCGUACUCGGGAUUUUGUACGCUUACUGCUGCGGCUAUACCAGGAGCGUCGUCUGGACAUCGAUCUUGUGCGGCAUCGCUCCCAUCGUGUUCGCCUGCAUCAUGAUAUUCAUGCCCGAGAGCCCCCUUUUCUAUUUGUUCAAGGACGACGAGGAAUCCGCCAAGAAGAGUAUGCGAUAUUUUCGUGGACCGGACUACGAUAUAGAAGGAGAGAUCGCGGCGUUCAAAGAACAGGUACAGCUUAGUAGGCAGCAGAAGGUGAGACUAUCGGCGUUCUUGAAGAAACCGGUGCUGAAGACGAUGGGGGUUGCCUACGGAAUGAUGUUCGCGCAACAGUUCAGCGGGAUUAACGCGGUCAUUUUCUACGCCGAGACGAUAUUCAAACAGACCGGCGUCGAUAUGGAUUCCCUGUUACAGAUGGUGAUCUUCGCGGUGGUCCAAGUGAUCGCUUGCGUCGUAUCGGCCUCGUUGAUCGACAAGGUGUUUAUCGACAUCCUUCUCCGGCUCGAACGUUGUGUUCGUUCGCUCGACCGCGACAGAAUGUCUCCGUGUGUCCACCUCGAGUGGAAUCGCAACUUUCCUUACUUUCAGCUGUCUAUCUAAGUCUAUAUCUAGCUAAGUCUAUCCUUUUAUUUUCUAAAGGCUAAACGUAACGUACGAUACGUUCGAGAUUAAAAAGAAUCUUGAGCGCGUUUACAACCGGAGUUGUUUCAUAAUAAUCUUCAAGAACGCGUAACGAGCAGGAACGAGCACAGCGUUUCAAUCGUACCGAAGUUCGCGAUGUAAUGGACAAGUUGUUU